CUAUCAUCAUUCACCCAAUUUUCUCCUCCACUACUACACAGAUCCAUUGCUUUUAUGUUGUUACGAAAAAAUCAUUUAAAUCUGUAAACCUAUACGUUAGAACGGUCAUAUGCUACUUUAAUAGUUGUAUCAUAUGUCUUUCUGUAUAAAGGUAAAAAAGAGAAAUCUGACUAAUGCAGUGUAAGUGUUUAUAAUGCUUGUCCACAAAAACAUAUCCCCACCAAGUCAAACAUAAUCAAACUUUCUUCUCUUUACUCUUCUUCACUUCCCCUGUAAACACACUAAGAUCGCUUCAUUCUCUUAUGGAUUCAUCCUCUUUUUGUACAUCAACAACAAUCAUCAUUCUCGUCACACUUCUCUUAUCGUUCCACCAAUCUAACUCUCAGUCAGUUCAAUCUACACGUCUUUUAGAUCUCAUGAUCAGAGACUACACCAUUAGAAACUUUAAGCUCAAUCUCAACACAGGCACCAUACAGAAAAUCCACCUCCCUUCUAAUUUCUCCGGUAUAGAUAUCGACACGGUCAAGUUAAGGUGCGGGAGUCUGAGAAGAUACGGUUCAAGAAUCGGCGAGUUUCACAUCGGCGCUGGCGUGACGGUGGAGCCAUGCCCGGAGAGAGUCAUGCUGGUUAGACAAAACCUCGGCUCGAAUUGGUCUUCAGUCUACUCUACCGGUUAUAACCUAACCGAUUACAAUUACCAGCUCGUAUCACCGGUUCUUGGUUUAUUAGCUUACAACGCUAACCCUGACGGUGUGGCCGCAAACCCUUACGAGGUUAACGUUGUUGGUACCGAUCAAAACCCUAUAUUGAUCGAUUUCUUGAAGAUCACGUCAAGUGAUAACCCUAAGACGACGAAGAAGAACUCAUCAGUCUUGUGUGCGUGUUUCACAAGCAACGGUAGCACAACGUUUAGUGAUCAAGUUUCACCUUAUGUUUGCAAAGGAACAAGGCAAGGGCAUUAUGCUCUAGUGGUGACAACAGAAGCUCGAGGGAAAAAUGAUGACAGUAGUGGUGGUGGGAUGGUGACGCCAUCGACGGAGGUGAAUGAAGGCAGCGGAGGAGGAAAGUUGAGCCGGUGGAAAGUGGCGGUGGGGAGUGUGAUUGGGUCGGGGAUUGGAGCGAUUCUAUUAGGGUUGCUGGUGGUGGCGAUGUUGGUGAAGGGGAAGAAGAAAGCGGAGAGGGAAGAAAUGGAGAGAAGAGCUUAUGAAGAAGAAGCUCUUCAGGUUUCAAUGGUGGGUCAUGUUAGGGCUCCUACUGCUUCUGGAACUAGAACUCUUCCUGUAAUGCCCCAUGAUAGGUAUAAAAACACUCAUUUGAAUCAUCAUCGAUAAAAAAGGAUUAAGGGGAAUUUUCAAAAAUACCACUUUGAAGGUACCAUUAUUCAUCUUUACCACCACUAAAUACACAUUUUCAAAAAUACCUUUUUUAUUAAAAUGUUAAAGACUCUUAUAUCUUUGUUUUUAUAUGCUUUUCAAAAUUUUAAUCCAAAAUUCUAAAUCCUAAACCCCCAAUUCUAAACCCUAAACCCUAAAUCUUCAACUCUAAACCCUAAACCCUAAACUAUAUACCCUAAAUUCAAUAUCCUAAACCCUAAACCCUGAAAUCUCAACUAUAAACCCUAAAUCCUCAACUCUAAACCCUAAACUUUAUACCCUAAACCCUAAAACAUCAAAUCUAAACCCUAAAACAUAAAAUCUAAACCCUAAAUCCUAAAUGUUCAAAUCUAAACCCUUCAUUAAAAGUAGUGGUAAAAGUGGUUAGUGUAAACAUGAAAAGUGGUACUAUGAAAAUGGUAUUUUUGGCAAUUUCUCAAGGAUUAAUUUGUUUU